AUCAAGACCACCGUUAAAACGAAAGGAGAACUGAUCAUUCAAUUAACAGAAGUGUUGAAUGUAAACUGAAAUUUGAGAUGGAUAAAAAACACAAAGACCUUCUCAGGACAAAUCGCUCCUAUCUUGUGGAGCAGAUAUCGGACCUGCAUGGUAUACUAGAUGACCUGACAGAAUCAAACAUCAUUAAUGAAAACAUGCGCCAAGAAAUUGAGUCCAAAGAUACAAAGGAUAACAGAACCAGGGAAUUUUUCAACAUUUUGCCCAAAAGAGGACCUAAAGCCUUCGAUUUGUUUUGUCAUUCUCUUGUUAAAAGACACCACGGACAUGUUGCGGUUCAUUUAGAUCCGUUCUAUGCUACCCUUAUCCCAGAGGAUCAAAAGACAUAUAGUUUACGGAAUGAGAAAGCAGGAGGCGAUGUAAAGGCCAAUGACAAAGAGUUUGAUAAAGGGUUUAAAAAUAAAAACAAGCAAAUGGGAAAGACAGCUAAAGAGGAUGAAAAAACAAAUUAUUCUCAACCACUCUCAGUACCAGUUCCAGGAUUAUCACCAAAAGAUCCAUUUAAGUCAAAAGAAAAUUACCCAUCGUCCAAAAUCAAAGGAACUUCCCAAGGUACUGGUGCAACUGGCGAGUCCGUAAUUAAAUCAAGUGAACCUGGCAAAAGUCCAGGGAAGGGAGUAAUGAACAAGCCAAGUGCAAAGAUUAAACCACUUCCACCGGACAAGGAUCUGAAUGUUGAAAAUCCUGAGUCUUUGCUUCCAGAGAGCUUACCAGAUCCAAAUUAUGCAAAAGAUGAGGUAUUUGAGAAGGAAGAAGAAGAUGAUGGUGCGGAUUUGCCAGAGACUGCUGUUGACUGGCCAACUGGUCCCAAAUUAGAUCUUGGUCCAUUCUCUACGAUUUUUAAAGUAACUACUCAAGCGCAGGCACAAGCAGUUACGUAUCGAAAUGCAUAUCCCAUGACUGGAAAGAGAAAAUGUUUGGUGAUAUCCAACCAACACUUUGCAGAAAGAUACAAAAUUCGGAGUGGCGGUGACAAUGAUAGAUACAGAUUUCAGAACGUCAUGAAGGAACUCAAUUUUGAGUACAACCUCACAGCCAAUGUAAAGAAGGAGGGGUUACUUGCUUGGUUAGUAGCGGAACGGGAAAAGAUUACCGAAGAUACGUGCGUAUUUAUGUUAGUGAUCAUGUCGUAUGGUUCCAAGGGUGAUAUUUUGUGUGUGGACGGCGACAUGAUAUCUCUACAGGAGAUAGUGGACAUGUUUUCCAGCAAGAAUUGCAAGGCGCUGCAAGGAAAGCCUAAGAUUGUCCUGGUACAAGCGGGUGGAAUCAUUCUUGCCGAUAGCAGUGAAACACAAAUGGAUGUAAGCAGCCAGACAAAACAAAUGACGUCCCGAUUAAGCAGACUUAGUCUUGGUAGCUGCUCCUCAUUCAGUCUUACAAACCUGGGUUACGAUGAUGAGAACGAUUGCAAAGGCAAGAGCGACGAUACCUCUUCAGAGGGGGCUUCCUUUUCAGACCCAGUUGAAGAAGAAAAUGAGCCCCCGUCUUGUGCAGAGGGGGGAGUGGAUGUCAAUGACAAUUCUGAUUUUGUUGUUGCUGUUGCAACAAGCGCAGAUGACGACAAUCCAGCCUUUUGCUCACUGUUUAUACUGGCAUUGUCAUAUAUCCUGUGCAAAUACUCGUAUACAGAUCACUUUCUGACUAUACUUAAAAAGGUAAAUCGACUAAAACUUGACAAGACCACCGAAGAACGGGUAGAAAUAUGCCAGUACAAGGACGCUCUUACAAAGAAACUGUUCCUUCAACCUCUGUAGAUGGAUUUAAGCUGUGAUAUUGUUUGUACCAGCCUGUGCACCUCUUGUUUUAUCUACUGGGGUUUUCCCUGUAGUUCCUUUGACUUUUUGUUAUCUUUUUUCAGUUAUUAUCAAAUGUAGCUCGUCCGUGUUUCGAAUGAAAAAGAUCGAAGUAUUGCCGUUGAGUUUUUGCCGUCGGUCUUCGUAAAAACUGUUUUAAUCUUGGCCAAAGUAUUAAUUAUUUUCAAGAUAUGUUGAUGAAUCUUAUUACAUAUGUUGACAGUUACAAUGCGCAAUCAUACUUCAUAUUGUGGGCAUCAAUAAGUGUUGAGUUGUGUCGUCAAUAAUUUUAUAGUUUUAUUGUUCUUAUUCUCAUACAUGUAGAAUACCUUACAACAUUGGCAUCAAUAAGUGUGAAGUUGAUCCGUUUUAAUGUUUAUAUGUGUAGAAUACCUCACAACAUUGGCAUCAAUAAGUGUGAAGUUGUUCCGUUUUAAUGUUUAUAUGUGUAGAAUACCUCACAACAUUGACAUCAAUAAAUGUGGAGUUGUACAGUUCUAAUUCUCAAAUGUGUAGAAUACCUCAAUAUUGGCUUUAAUAAUUGCUGGGUUGUACGAUUCUGUCAUUGGACGAUAUUGGGUAUAAUGAUAUCAAAUUGCUAACAUAUCGUAUAUGUUAAUAAUUCAUAUACCAAAAUGUAUAACAAUAAUUUAUAAAUGAUAGGAAACAUAUAAUAUAUGUUAUGUGUGUAAUUGAUAAAGCCAAAAUAAAUAACAAUUUAUAAUAUGGGCUAGACCCCAGAUGAUCCCAAAAUCGGCAAAUACAUUAUUUCCGCAUAACAAGCAUACAAUUUAUUUUCAAUUUGAGCUUAUAUGAGGCCGUUAAUGCAUCAUAUUACUUUAUUAAAAUUAAUAUUUUGUCGCUAUCUCAUCUGAGUUUACCCGUUUAAAAUAGCGCAUAAUGGCUUCCCAGUGUAUAGUGUGUAUAUUUAGCAUGUAAAGAUGACGUGAUUAGCACAUAUGCAUAUACCGACGCUCUUUUAAUUAACUGGGAUUUACGUGGUAGACAAACCCAGUAAAUUUCGGAUUGGAAAAAACUGCGAAAGAUGCAUGUGUCGUAAGCGAUGUGAUACAUCAGUAAGUAAGAUUUAAUGCAUUGUACACAACGGUAUCAAUUAUAUGUUUUCGACAAAUUUCUUUUGAUUGCAAUUGUAACACUUGGUGUCAAGUCCCUUUAAUGAUGAAUCAAGUCUACCCCUUUCUUGAGAUAUGGUAGUUUCAUACUUGAGUAAUGAUAUCGUUCAUGUGUACUUCGUUUAAUGUUACCGUAUAUGUUUAUUUAUAUCCGUUGUUGUUUGUAACCGUUUUCAUUACUUGUUGUGUAUUAAGUGCAAUUAUGUGUAUUGUCGGAGUAAGAAAGUUUAAAAGGUACUUGUAUUGUAAAAUGAUCCUCGAAAUAAUUGUUACACACCUACACUCCAUUCCAUUCAUUAACAAAAUAUAAUACUUGUAAUACAUGUAUAAUCAGGAUAAAUAUGUU